CAGUUGCUGAGCAACCGGAGCCGGCGCCGACGACUGGCUCUGCGCUACCCCGAGCAAGUCGAGUGCAGCUCCCGCCUCCUGCUCCGGCAGCCUCGCGUCGCGCCCACCUCCCGGCCCGCCGCCGCUCCUCGCCUCGUGGAAUUCCUGCUCUUGGCACUACCCGCAACUCUCUGGCUCUGUCGCCUCCCUAACGCCCACCUGCUUCACCGAAAGCCGGGCAGCUCGACCCCGGACAUGACCUCCGCGCUGACUGACCGCACCUCCGGGGCCAUGGGCACCUACACCUACACCAGCAGGCCCCGGGUCCUGCCCUGCCAGCGCCGCCGUUACCGGGACAACCUGUUGCAGCCAGAAGAAGAACCUAUGCGGUAUGGAAACAUAAUGUAUGACAGAAGGGUGAUCCGAGGCAACACUUACGCACUUCACACAGGGCCGCUGUCUGGGCAGACUGAUCCUCUAGAGCUUCAGAGAGCACAGGCAGCUAAAAGGAGGGCUCUUGCCAGGAAACGAGCCCAAGAGCAGCUCAGACCACGGACACCAGAACCUGUGGAAGGCAGGAAGCACGUGAAUGUGCAGACAGAAUUGUACCUUGAAGAAAUUGCUGAUCGUGUAAUAGAAGUUGAUAUGGAAUGCCAAACAGAUGCGUUUUUGGACAAACCACCGACACCACUCUUCAUUCCUGCCAAGACUGGCAGGGAUGUGGCCACCCAAAUACUAGAAGGAGAGCUUUUUGACUUUGACCUUGAAGUUAAACCAAUGUUAGAAGUUUUGGUGGGGAAGACAAUUGAGCAGGCCCUUCUGGAAGUGAUGGAAGAAGAAGAGUUGGCCAACCUGCAGGCCAGUCAGCAUGCAUAUGAAGAAAUACGGAAUGUGGAACUGGCCGAAGUUCAGCGACUGGAAGAGCAAGAGAGACGACACCGAGAAGAAAAAGAACGUCGUAAGCAGCAGCAGUGGGAAAUAAUAAACAAACAUAACGAGACAGCACAAAAGAUUUCUGCCCGUGCAUUUGCACAGCGUUAUCUGGCCGACCUUCUCCCAUCUGUUUUUGGCAGUCUCAGGGAUAGCGGCUACUUUUAUGAUCCUAUCGAGAGAGAUAUUGAAAUAGGAUUUCUCCCAUGGCUAAUGAAUGAAGUUGAAAAAACCAUGGAAUAUAGCAUGGUGGGAAGAACAGUGCUUGACAUGUUGAUCCGGGAAGUGGUUGAAAGGAGACUGAAUACUUAUGAGCAGAAAGACAACAGAUAUCCUUCUCUAAGAUCAGAGGGAUUUUAUGAUCCUAGAGUAAUGGGAGAAACCCUGGGGAGUUAUGAUCCAAACAUACCACAGACCCAGGAGCCAUUGCUGGGCACAGACUACCUACAAGGAACACAGUAUGGAAGAAGGUCCUAUUCCCAGGAAAGGAGGUUUAUGGAAGAAGGAGUGCUCUUGGAGCCGGAGGAAGACACAGAAAUGAGGAAAACCUUAGGGAAGGAAGACCCUUCAGCAGCAGGGGGAGCUUGGGAGCCAUGAAGCAAGUCAACAAUAACAAUCAGGUAAUGAUGCACAGGCCCCUCGGGAACUAGAAAUUACUUUGUAUUUAGUCAACAUGUCUUUUUGUCUAAUGAACUGAGCAAGUGAAUUGUGAUAAAAUAAUAAAACAAGUAAAGAUAACACUUUAACUCAUUUAUUUAAUAGAAUAUUCAAAGGCUAUAUUGUAAUCCUUGAUUACUAGUUUCCCGUUACCACUAUAUGUAUCGAAAGAAUCUAUUUUUCCUUAAUCCUUCUAACUUGUGGGGGGUGGGGGGUAGUAUGCUAUCUAAUGUGUAAUAUUAGAUAUCUAGAUCAUAGAUUCUAACUACAUAUCAGUGCUUUCACCAUUGAGUUUUUCCUUCUCUAUAGGGAAACUAUUUCACCCAUUCUAUGAAAGAAUAACUAAAUGUAGUGAUACUGAAGACAAAAGUACUUCCUCCCUGCAAGAACAAAAACUCUCUCCCUAUUUGUAUUAAAUUAAGCAGAUCAUUACCCUUUAUAUAUUAGGGGAUUCUCUGGGUGGGUGAUAUGUUCUCAUCUGUCUUUUUUCUCAUUCCUACUGUGAGAAAAUUCAGGCAGCACCAAUAAAGCAAAAGUCCUUGUUUACCCUUAUGCAGUUCAUUCCCCUCUCCAGAAGAAAACCACUGUUAUUAGUUAGGUGAGUAUCAUUAAGGCCUUUUCCAAGUAUUUAUAUACAUCUAUGUUAUAUACAAAUUUAUAGGUUGAUUUUUCUUUUUAUAUAUAUAUAUAUACAUUAAUACAUGUAAAUUGCUUAUCUUUUAAACAUUAAUACAUGUAAAUUGCUUAUCUUUUAAAAACAGGGUAUGAUGUUACAUAUUAUGGCUGUUAUAGGGAAUUCACAUUUGACUUUUUUAUCUGAAUUUGUUUAGAGAAUUUGCCUGUGGUAUUGAAAAAUCACAUAUUAUUUUAUUUCCAAAAUCUUGUUGAUAUAAAGCAAUAAAGGUAUUCUUCUGAUCCUUUAA